GGGCGUGGCCUCCGCUUCCUCCCCGCGGGGCCGGGGCCGGGGCGGUGUGAGCCGUCCAGCCCCGCCCUUCGGGUGUCCCCGGCCGCCCCCGCCGCCCGCACCAUGUCCGACGCUCCCGGCGUCCCCGGGGAUGUCUGCAGCCUCUUGGCAGAUGUUGAAACAUUUGUUUCCCAAAUACUAAAAGGAGAAAAUCUAUCCAAGAAAGCAAAAGAAAGAAGGGAAGUUCUUCUUAAGAAGAUUAAGGAUAUUAAGGCAAGUUAUCCUCAAGAAUUCCCGGAGAAAGAGCUGGAAGAUGAGGAAGAGUCUGAGAACUCUCUUUCUUUGCCUCCUGAUAGCGUCUCAAUAGCAUCGGACCGAUAUGAUAAAGAGGAUGAAGCCCCUUCUGAUGGGAAUCAAUUUCCUCCUAUUGCAGCUCAGGAUCUUCAGUUUGUUCUGAAGGCUGGAUACCUGGAAAAACGUAGAAAAGACCACAGUUUUCUUGGCUUUGAAUGGCAGAAGCGUUGGUGUGCUAUCAGCAAGACAGUCUUCUAUUACUAUGGAAGCGACAAAGACAAACAACAGAAAGGUGAAUUUGCCUUAGAGGGCUACACCAUCAGAAUGAAUAAUAGCCUUCGGAAGGAUGCGAAGAAAGAUUGUUGUUUUGAAAUCUCUGCUCCAGAUAAGCGCAUUUAUCAGUUUACAGCUGCCACUCCCAAGGAAGCUGAGGAAUGGGUACAGCAAGUCAAAUUUGUAAUUCAAGAUACGGGAUCUAAUGCUAUUCCUCAGGAGGAGGAAGAGGAAUAUGAUGAUGUUGGACAAGCAAACAGUGACUCCAUAGAUGAUAGCAUUUAUGAAGAAGUUAAAGAAGAACAUCUUUCUUCAAAAGCUGAAGUGCCAAGCAAUGAGAGCCAGGAGGAAGUUACCACUGUUUCAGAUAGCGAAAAUACCGAUUAUGCCAAUUUCUAUCAAGGUUUGUGGGACUGCACAGGAGAUGAAACUGAUGAGUUGACAUUUAAACGUGGUGAUGUUAUCUACAUUAUCAGCAAGGAGUACAAUAGAUUUGGCUGGUGGGUAGGAGAAAUGAAGGGAACCAUUGGCUUGGUGCCUAAAGCCUACAUAAUGGAGAUGUAUGAUAUUUGAGAGGCCUGGGAGAAAUCUGCACUUGAAAUGAAGAGUGGUGUGCAGCUGCAGUUUACAGAGCCAGCCUCUGGAAGACGAUUCUGCUGUACGCGUUUUGCGGUUUCAGCGAAUGUAGUCAGAUCGUUGCCUCGUGUACAUUAAACAUUAUAAACUGUAAUUGAUCAUAACUUUAUGGAAAUGGUCUUCUUAGGCACUUUUUAUAGAACUUUAAUGCUAGGAAAUUAAUAGAUGGUAAUUAACAUAUGGGGCACAAGCAGCCAUAUAGUGCCUGUUGCUCUUUUUUAAACAUGUUACCAGCACUCUGUAUAGCUGUAGGUUUGUGUUCUCUCAGGGAAUUUUGCUCUUUUCCGCUUCUGCAGAUUCAGAAAAAUUGCACAGAGCUUUGAGGGUAAACUCUUAUUCAAUUCAGGCAUGCAUUAACCUUUUAAUGCUCACUGUAUAUCUUGUGCAGUUUUAUCAGAAAGUUGAGGGAAAUUUAUGUCUAUUUCAGGUCUUCAGGGUAUUCUGUUUCAAGAUGUUUUUAAGUUAUGCUUUAGCCAAUGAUUCAUUUUUCUCAUAUAUUUAGUAUUGUAUUUUUAAUUACUAUUUUGUUGACACACAAUGAAGAUUUGAUUAUUUUACUGAUGUAAUAAAUGGGCCUGUGUGGUAAUACUGUCGUGGUACCAUUCUGACUUGGACAUGGUAAUUCUGUGGAAAUUUGUGAAAAUAUAUUAAACCCUAAAAUUUUUGCUAAGUCAACGCAAGAUAAAUUGCAGGUAAAAUAUUUUUGUCUGUGGUAGUGUGAAAUAUUUUACCUUACAGAUACUUUUGCAGAGUCAAAUCUGGAUACCUUGCUGGUAUGUGGAAUUCUGAUACAGGUUGUGCAACAGAGAUCUUCAUCUUCACCCUGUGUGGAUUAGCAACAGCUACCUGCAUUCUUGUGUCAGAGCCAGAACUUUGUGGCUAAUCAAAAACAUUGACUGAAACAUAAAAAGGGACACUAAAAUACUACCACUUGUGCAAAGUGGUUGGGCAAGUCAGUGUUAAUACUUUACAUACUCUGGGAGAUGUACUUUACCAUUAGCAUGCAAGAUCAACUUUUUUGGGUCCUCCCAGACAGUUGAUUUGUGAGACCCUUAAUCUGCCAAAGAGGCAGGUCAGGCCAGCCUUUGAGUUGCUGAGCCUGUGCAGGUCCCUGUGUAGUUGCUUGUGCUGUUUAUGCUUCAGGCGGACCCUGCGGACUCUGUGGGUUAAAAGGAAAUGUCAGCCUGAACUCGGAAUUUGGAUCAUUUCAGUAAACUAAGAUGUUGUGCUCUGUGUUAGCUAAUGUAUGGUACUUGCUGGUACACUGAAUUCUAAUAGGCGUCAAACGGGACCGAGUUUUGUUGUAAUUUUUUAAAGAGAUAGUCAUUGGAAUUGAUUCUGUGUGUUAUCAGCGAAGCAUUAAAAUGAUAGAUUAUAGUCUUCAGAUCUUUUACUACUUUAAUUUGUCAAGCGUACUGGUGGAUUGUGUACAGAAUGUGAAGCGUUAAUAGCGGGGCUGGAAACGCUCCUUCUCCCUUGUUAACAUGGCAGCGCCAUAAAUCUGCCCACCGAAAUGGCUUUUUAUUAAUUACAGAAUUCCGAAUCCACCACCACUACCACUACCACCACUACCACCACCAUGUACUUUUUAGGGAAUAAGCCCUCCCCCCGCUCCCGAGACGCGGUACAUUCGCUGGGCGCUCGGUGCGGGCGCGGGGCGCGGGCGGGGGCGGCGGCGGCCCCGGCGCGGCCCUUGCGCUGCGCGGCCGCGGCGCUGGGUGGCAGCAGAUUUUCGUGGGACGGGCGGAGGCGGGUCCCGGUGCCGUCCCUGUCCCCUUCCCCCUUCGUGCUGUCCCGCGCCGCUUCUGCCGUUUUUCCAGGAGAGGGAGUCCUUACCCAAGCGAUGAGGGGCAGAGAUGCCCGGCGCGGCCUCUCCUGGGUGGUGACAACCAGAGACAUCAAGUGGCUUUUGUCUGUAAUUCUCUUUUAGGGCUUCCCCCUUCUUAGUGCUUAUUGCUAGGGGUGAGUAAAUAAACUGCCUUAAAUUCAAAACGUGAAAGGUGUCCUGAAAUUCACUGGUAAUGUCUCAGAAUAAACCAGCGAUGGACCACGGAUGAAUGGUUUACUUUAAAUCUGUGCGAAUUCCAUAACCUUUUUUGGAUAAGAAAAUCUCAGUUAAUACAAGUUAAACAAAACUCAGGUAGAAGAUGCUAAUCGCUUAAUUUUCUUUGUUUGCUUAGAUUGUGCUUGCCUUUCUGUGAACGGUGAGAGCGCGGAUUUUAAAAAGGUGAUUGUAACUCUCACAUUGUACAGCGUUUUACUUGAUUAUUUGCUGUGUUCUGGAUUUGUAUGGUACUGCCAUUAGAUCUUAUAAUAAUGUUCUACUCUGCAAAUUUUUAAGGUUCAAAUAAAGUUUAAUUGUUUGCAAA